AUGAACUCUUCCUUCUGGAUGCAAAGAGAAGGUAACAGGCCUGAAUUAUUCUGUGGAAGUUCAGCUGGCUACACCAUCAAAAGUGGACAUUUCAUAAUGCUUGUGUGUUCCACUAUUGUUUUGGGAGGAUUUUUGAGGACCUGUUUAAAGAAUUCUGAGGUCACUGUCUUGAUAAUUCUUUCUGUGGUAGGAUUUGUGAUAGGACAACUGGCUCACAAUUCUGUGGAGGUGUACCAAAUUGUCUAUCCUCUUCUGAGAACACCAAGUUUUUCACUUUAUUGUUAUUUUUCACCUAUAAUUAUAUUUAUGGCUGCUUUGGAUGUGGACUUUUGUAUCCUCAGGAAUGUGUUCUGGCAGGUCUUGUUAACAGCAUUAAUUAGCUUUGUUGUGGCAUUCAUCAUAAUUGGAUAUGUGGUUCUGAAAUUCAAUAGAGAUUUGUGGGAUUUGCAGUCUUCCCUACUCUUUAGCAUGACCCUUGGCAUGACAGAUCCUGUUCAUUCUGUGAAUUCACUGAAAACUAUUGUGGAAUUUUUGGGAAUGUCGGGAAUGGUUGCAUUAGUCACUGUUGGACUGAAUUUAGAUUCCUUAAGCUUUAAACCGAGGAUUGAGUUAAUAAUUACUAAGUUCCUAAUAAUGUUUUCAACUGUAUACCAACAAUUAAUAUAUACUUUCUUUGGCAUUGUAAUUGGAUGUGGAGAAACCAAGUAUUUAGGAUUUCAUACUGUGGUUUUCAUGUUCAUCUUAUUUGCAACAGUGAAUUUUGUAAGGUUGCUUACUAUUGUGUUAGUGAGCCCCAUCCUGAUGCAUGCAAAUUAUGAAUAUAAUUGGAGAUGGGGAAUUGUUAUAGCAUGGUCUGGAAUUAAAGGAGUUUUUAGCUUACUCUUGGCUCCUGAUAUUCAUAAUCUGGCUGAACAAAAAAUAGAGUCACCGCAAUUGUUUAUAUUGUAUGUACAGGUAAUAUCACUAAUGACUAUGGGAAUAAAUUCAUACAUGAUGACUCAUUCAGCCAGGACACUAGGUUUGUGUGCUAUUUCCCUCCCAAGGCAAAUGGCCAUGAAAAAUGCCAUUAAGCACAUUCAGGAGAUAAUACAGAACACAAUAACACUAUUCAAAACAGAAAAAAUUUUGACAAAUGUUAAUUGGACCUUAGUAGAAGAAAAAACAAAGAUUGAAUACAACAUUCCUUCUGAUCCUUAUCAUGUUUCACAUGAUAACGAAAAGGAGGAGGAGUCCCCAACAGAAGAAGUUUUAAUAGAAGAAGCCAGAUUGCAUGUAGCUAUAAUACAAAUGAGUAGCUUUGAAAAACAGUGUAAUGAUGGAAUCCUCAGUGUAGAGGCAGCCCGGAUAUUAAUUGGUGCAACCAAAAGCUAUUGCCCCAUCCGAGGAAAAUUCAUGAGUAUUUAUGAUGUUUCAAAUUAUGUAAGAGCUAGAAGUUGGCUUAUCAAGUUUAAAAACAUGUUAGCUUUCUUGGAAUAUCAUAAAGAUAAGGCAUCUCUUAUUAUGUAUGGGAAUAAUAAAUUUCUGCUUUUUGUGUAUCACAUGGUAUUUUCAGAAGAAUUUGAAUAUGCAGGACAUGUUAUAACAGUAAUGUACAUUUAUCCUAUUAUAAUGCAUCUAUGGCCAAUGGCAAGAGAGUUAAAUGUGUCAGCACUUAUAUCAGUAAACAACUAUUUUGUAUUUUUAUACAUAUUUCGAUCAGCACUGAAGAUAGUAAUUUUGAAAAGGAAAUACUUUCAUCAAUAUUGGAAUACUUUGGACUUUCUUAUCAUGCUUCUUGGAAUCAUGGAUAUCUUUUGUAUAUACUUUGUCAAAUUGAGACCAGACAACUUCGUCCUUAUUCAAAUUACAGUAAUACUAGGAUAUUUCAGAAUAAUCAGGUUUAUUCCUUUCAUCAAGAUAAUAAUCCCACUACUGAUAAAUAUUGUAGAUGUGCAGAUCAAAAAGCGCCUCCGCUUGAUGUAUAGUAUUACAAAAGGUUAUGUCAAAAGUCAAGAGGAUACCAAAUUUCUAAUAAAACAGAUUUCCAGCCGAGAAUCAAUAUAUCAGAAAUUAUAUGAAAUUUUGGAAACCAACAAACGAGAUGCUGUCAAAGAACUAGGACUCAUAGAGCAUGAGGGUCGCGAUGUUGUCAUUGCUUUGAAGACUAGGCAGGCAAUCCGGAGUGUGAUUGCUAAAGCUCUGAAAAACCUCACUUUCCUUUGGUCAAGAGGCAUUAUUGAUAAACAUGAGGGCAUCGAGAUGAAUAAGGUACUCCUUGCAAAAAUAAAAGCACUGAAUAACUUUCCAAUGGCAAUCCCGCCACCUACUCCUGAUAAAUAUCUUCAUAAUAUUGUUUGGCUGGAAAAAAAAGAUGUUCUCAUUGAGUUCUUCAAGGAGAGAGCCAAACUUGCCUAUUUUGACUAUGGAGAUGUCAUUUGUAGAGAAGGUGAAAUGCCACAAGGAAUCUACUUAAUUAUUUCAGGAAUGGCAAUUUUGCAUAGUUCACCUCCUACCUUCGGAAUAGACAAUAGCCUAAGGUCUGAUAGAGGGUCCAAAACCAUGUUUACAGAAUACUGUACCAGUGGGGACAUAAUUGGAGAGCUGAGCUGUCUGCUUAAGCGUGAAAUUGAAUAUACCGCCAUCUGUGAAACUAUUUUACAGGCCUGCUUUAUCUCCCUGGAGGAUUUAUAUGAAGGUUUUGAUGUCUUCUGGCCAUCCUUGGAAUAUAAAAUAUGGCUAAAGCUUGCGCUCAGUAUUGCCUAUCAGUAUUUUGAAUCAAGUCUCACUGAUGAGGACUUGGACUUUCAGAAGUGUGUGGCAUUCAAUCUGGCAUACGUGGAGACUUUAUCAAGCUAUAACGAAAUGACUAUUGAUAAUGUGACCAUGAAAUUCGUUAUUAUUGUGUAUGGUAGUGUCAUUGAUACUAAGACAGAGGUACCAUAUCUUGCACCUUGCAUUUUGCCUAAAACCUGUGAGCAGGUUCAGGGAACUUCAGAUUUAAGCAAGCUGCUGGUUGUGCAAGCAUCUGAGCCUGCCAAAAAUACUGAUGACGCCAAAGUCAUGGAACUGAAUCACUUGCCCGUUUCUGAGCCAGUUACUGCCAAGAAAGUGGUAAUGACCUUAUAUCCAGUUAAGACACCCUUUAAGCUAAAAUUAAAAUUGUCAGUAUUUCAAUUUGCAUUGCCCCAAGGCGUGGAGUUGGAGAGAGUAAACCACUACACCAGCCAGUUCGUUGCACCCCAUCGGCAUUUUGACUUGGCCAUUUAG